UGUUUUGUUUCACAGAUGAGGGUGAAGAUGAACUCGACCUCUGUGUCUUAUUUCAUAUUGGCAGCUUACUUUGACACUGGUCUGUAUAAAUAUGUGAUCUUCCUGACUGUGCUGUGUUACUAUGUGCUGAUCAUUGUUGCCAACAUGCUGCUGAUUGUAGUUAUCUGUAUGAACAGAAGUCUGCAUGAGCCCAUGUACCUGUUUGUGUGCAGCCUGUCAGUAAAUGAAGUGUAUGGUAGUACAGGCUUGUUUCCAUUACUGCUGCUUCAAACUCUCUCCAAUGUUCACACCAUCUCCGUUUCUCUCUGUUUCCUGCAGAUCUACUGUGUUCACACUUAUGUUUGUGUUGGAUUAUUAAAUUUAACCACCAUGUCCUACGACCGUUACCUCGCCAUUUGUCACCCUCUGCAGUACAACACAAAUAUGACAUCUAAAAAGGUUGCUGUGCUCAUUGCUCUGUCAUGGUUGUUUCCUCUCCUUGAGAUUGUCAUUCUGAUAUCACUGACGUUGUCUCUACAGCUGUGUGGAAAUGUCAUCCACAAAGUUUACUGUGAUAACUUUUCUGUGGUCAAACUUUCAUGCUCUGACACCAGUGUCAACAACAUAUACGGCCUGGUGUUCACAGUGAUCGCCAUCAUCAUCCCGUUCGUCCUUAUUCUGAUAACAUACGUGAGGAUUUUAAAAGUCUGUUUCUCUGGUUGUAAACAGACAAGACAGAAAGCAAUCAGCACCUGCACACCUCAUGUGGCCUCGCUGCUCAACUUCUUAUUUGGGGUUUGUUUUGAAGUUCUGCAGAGCAGGUUUGAUAUGAGUGGCGCCCCUAAUAUUCUGAGAAUAUUUUUAUCUUUGUAUUUUCUUACAUGUCAGCCGCUCUUCAACCCUCUGAUGUACGGACUCAAGUUGUCAAAAAUACGCAACAUGUACUUCCGUCCCACCUUAUGACCCACUUCAGUGUAACAUCUGUCUUCCUGCUGCUGCCACGUCUAUUAAACUCUUAUUUUUAGUUAUUUUCCCUUGUCCAAAUAAGCUUUGUUGAGGUAGCAAGCAAAUGUUUGUUGUAUUUAUUAUCUUACAGAAAGAGACUCCCACACUUGAAAAUUGUAGUGUCUCUCAUGUGCGAAGAGUCCAGAGCAAUGACACCAUUAUAAUUUGCCGUAAGAAAUAUCUUUAAAAAGAGGGAAUGUACGAUGUUAGAGUAACAAGCAAAACACAUCUGGCAGCCCUACUAUAUAUGCACACCAUGAC